AUGACGAUGCGCGCGCAUGCGCGUCUGCUUGUGGACGCGAGGUGGGAAAAUUCGUCUGUUGUGCCUUUGCAAAGCUGCAGUGUAAACAUGCUUUUUAAUAAAUAGUUUGUAAGGUUUAAGAAUAUAAACCAGGCGGACGCUAUUCAGUUAUCCAUCCACUGGCAUCUGCAGCUUACUUUUUCCGCCAGUAUGAAGGUUGCAGUAGAGGGUUGUUGCCACGGCGAGCUGGAUAAGAUCUAUGAGACAAUUGCUUAUCUAGAGAACAAGGAAGGGGUCAAAGUAGACCUUUUGCUUUGCUGUGGCGAUUUCCAAGCUGUUCGAAAUGAGGGAGACAUGAAGUGCAUGGCGGUCCCAGCCAAGUACAGAACGAUGCAGACCUUCUACAAGUACUACUCUGGAGAGAAGAAGGCUCCAGUGCUGACUAUUUUUAUAGGAGGGAACCAUGAGGCAUCAAACCACCUGCAGGAACUUCCCUAUGGAGGCUGGGUAGCACCUAACAUUUAUUAUCUCGGUUAUGCUGGUGUUGUUCGCUGCAGAGGGAUCAGAAUUGGUGGUUUAUCUGGGAUCUUCAAAUCACAUGACUACAGAAAAGGCCACCAUGAAUUCCCGCCAUACAACCCUGAGACGCUUCGAAGUGCAUACCACAUCAGGAAUAUCGACGUCUUUAAACUAAAACAGAUCCAGAUGCCCAUAGAUAUUUUUAUGAGUCACGACUGGCCCCGUGGAAUCUACUAUUAUGGAAAUACAGAAGAAUUGUUGCGCAAGAAGAGGUUUUUGCGUCAGGAAGUGGAAUCCAACACGUUGGGGAGUCCUGCUGCUGAGGAGCUCCUCGCGCACCUGCAGCCCAGCUUCUGGUUCUCUGCACAUCUUCAUGUGAAAUUUGCUGCUGUUAUGAAGCAUCCGCCUAAAGGCAAUGCUGCUCCACGUGUCACCAAAUUCCUGUCUCUGGAUAAAUGUCUGCCCUACAGAGAUUUUUUACAGAUUGUUGAUGUUCCAGAGAGACCAGGUUCGACUGAGGGUCUCGAGUAUGAUCCAGAGUGGCUUGCUAUUCUGAAAUCUACGAACAGUCUUCAGAGGACCACCCCUCAUCCAUGGAACCCCCCCGAGAAUAAUGGCCUGCACGAGCAGUGGGACUUCAGAGCUUCAAAAGCAGGUAUGAUGCAGGUGGUGGAGGAUCUCAAUGGUGAACUUUCCAUCCCAGACAACUUCAGCCAGACUGUUCCACCCUACGACCCCAACAAGCCCCAGCCGUAUGUUGCCCCGAGCUACAACAGCAACCCUCAGACGACAGAGCUCUGUGCCACAUUGGGUCUCACAGACAUCUAUGCUCAGGUGGGACAGGCAGGCAACGUGAUGCAAAGGCUCCAGGGUGGUACUGGAGAAAAGGAGGAUGAGGAUGGAAAUAGUGUAGGAAGUGGAGAUGAGCCCAGUGAGUAUCCAACUGACACAUCAGGACUGUCGAGUUCAUUCAAUCCUGAUGAAAUCACCAUUGAGGAUGAGUGGGAAGAAGAGGAAGAGUCAAAGGCAGCAGUGGAGGAAAAUGAGGUGUCUGCGGUUCACACACCAAACAAAAUGGUUCUGCCGGAGCCGAAAGGCAAUGUCACGGACACUCCUCUGUCCCGCCUGAUGAACCUUCCGCCUCCCUCCCACUCGACCCCAGCAGCGUUCCCCCCUCCGUCUGGAGCAGAAAGACUCUGUGAGAGCGAUGACGAAGAUGCAACAGCUGCACGCAUCUUAAAACGCAGCAGUGAUGACACGGCCAAUCCUGGCAGCAGAGGUACCACUCCCAUCAUCAAACGCAGGAACCAGGUGAUUUACACGGCAGUGGAGGACGAGGAGUGUGAGGAAGGGCGGUCAGAGUGAGGGCCCCAGGUCAUUUAUUCUCCUUUUAAUUUAUGUUGAUUUGCAAACUUUGACAUUGAUUUAAGUAUUUACUGCCAGACUUUUAUACAUGUUCUAACAGCUUUUUUCAAGAUGGGAUUAUUAAAUAACCCAAAAGUGGAUUCGAUGUGACGAAGUAUUAGAUCCUGGAUCCAGUUUCUACAAAAAGGCCUUUAAAGACAAAAUUGUUUCUUUAUCAUAAUACAGUUGUUUUUUAUGUAUUUUAAUCAAACUCAACUUUUUAAACAGACUUUUCAUUUCUAUAAUUGUUUUGUAUGUUUAAGACAAGAGCAGUGAAGGUGAACCCCAAAAACACUUUUUAUGAAUUGAUUAAACGCCACCUGUCAACAGGAACUAAUAAAAAUGUGGCUUUUAA